AUGAAGAGUGCUAUUUCUUUCAUUCUAGCAGCAGGUGCUCAAGUGUGCAUUAGCAACAUGUUGGCCCAGGCAGAACAGUUUAACUGCCAAGCUACUGAUAUUCCUUGUCUCUGCAGAUCUGAAGACUUCAUUUACGGUAUUCGCGAUUGCUCUCUUGAGUCGUGUGCGAGUGACGCCGAGGAAGUCAUCCAGUACGGCGUUGGCUUUUGUCGUGCAGGCCAAGGUGUAGAUAUCGAUGUCGGAGGCUCCACAUCCGGAACAGGCGAGGGAGGUGGUAGCGGAUCCGGCGAGGGUGGUGGUAGCGGAUCUGGCGAGGGCAGUGGUAGCGGAUCCGGCGAGGGUGGUGGUAGCGGAUCCGGUGAGGGUGGCGGUAGCGGAUCUGGCGAGGGUGGUGGUAGCGGAUCCGGCGAGGGCAGUGGUAGCGGAUCCGGCGAGGGUGGUGGUAGCGGAUCCGGCGAAGCUGGCAGCGGGUCCGGUGCUGGCAAUUCUGGUGGCGCUCAGGGUGGCUCUGGGGACAACACUGCCCCUCCGGAUACGUCCACCGGCGAGCCGACUGGGGAUUCUGGCGGUGCUGCCGGCGCUGGCGGCGCAGCUGAGGGCACGGCAACUGCCACAGCCACCGUGACAAAUGGCGAUAGCAGCGGCGGAGCCAACGGAGCAGGAAACUCCGGGCUGCUCGCCUGUUCAAAGGACAUCACCUGA